GUGUUGUUGCAGCACGCUGUUGUUAGUAAGUCUCAGCGCUACAGAGGACACAGACACUUUUUUGUGUGUCUGCAACAUUUACUUGUAGUAAUUUGUUACACAGCCGGAGGUGGAGAAGUCCAUUACACUUUCAUGUCAAUUGUACCUGAGCGUCUUUGGGAGCAACUAUUGGUCCGACAUCGACAGAGCUCCGCACAGAGGAAUGCAAGUUAACAACGAUAACUUACCUGAGUCCGAAAAUACGCCGAGUGUUGUGUCAGGAUGGAGGGCUUACAUUUUGCCCGUCUUUCGUCAAACCGUAGGCCAUUUUUGGGGUCAUUUUCACCCGGUGAAAAUGCGCCUGUUGGGAAAGCUCUGUCCCAGGUGACCGUGAAAAGACAAGCCGUGAAGAGACACCACCACAAACACAACCUGAAGCACAGGUACGAGUUUCUGGAAACCCUUGGAAAAGGAACCUACGGCAAAGUCAAGAAAGCCAAGGAAAGAUCCGGUAGACUGGUUGCCAUAAAGUCAAUCAGAAAGGAAAAGAUCAAGGAUGAGCAAGACCUGGUUCAUAUUCGCAGGGAAAUUGAGAUCAUGUCCUCCCUCUGCCAACCGCACAUCAUCACCAUAUAUGAAGUGUUUGAGAACAAAGACAAAAUUGUGAUUGUGAUGGAGUAUGCCAGCCAAGGAGACCUGUACGACUACAUCUGUGACAAGAGGAAAAUCUCUGAACAGGAGGCCAGGCACUUCUUCAGACAAAUUGUAUCAGCUGUGCACUACUGCCAUCAGAAUGGAAUAGUACACCGGGACCUGAAACUGGAGAAUAUUUUACUAGAUGGCAACGGCAAUGUUAAGAUCGCAGACUUUGGGCUGUCAAACCUCUACCACGGUGAUGAGUAUCUACAAACCUUUUGCGGCAGCCCUCUGUAUGCUUCCCCAGAGAUUGUCAAUGGACGGCCAUACCGUGGGCCAGAGGUUGACACUUGGUCUCUCGGUGUGCUGUUGUACAUUAUGGUUCAUGGCACCAUGCCUUUUGAUGGAAACAACCACAAGGCAUUGGUUCAACAGAUAAGCACUGGAAACUAUUGUAAACCCAAAAAUCCCUCUGAUGCAUGUGGGCUUAUCCGUUGGAUGCUGAUGGUAAAUCCUGAGCGCAGAGCCACAAUAGAGGAGAUUGCAGGACAUUGGUGGCUCAACUGGGGCUACCAGCAGCCAUUGCUGGCUGAAACAAAGAGCAGUCUAGGAGAGCAGACCACUUCACCAGUCUCUCCGUCAACAUCACACCCUGCUGGGCUGGCUAGUGUGGCUAGUUGGCUGCGCCGUACAUCCAGACCUUUACUGGAGAACAGCUCCAAGAUGCGCUGCCUGCUCCGCUCCCAGGGCGGUGGAGGGGAUGUAGUCCGGCAGCGCUCACUGCGAAGAUCACGAAAGGAAAACAAUGUUUCCCAGACCAUUCAUGAAGUAAGCACGGACAGUCGCCCCUCUAAGGGUAUUCUAAAGAGACGCAACAGUGUGAAACAGAAGGCAAUGACUGAAACCCUUGCUGUAGGUUCAGUGGAGCCCCAGAACGUUUUGGGUUUGUCCGCACCAGCUAAUGCUCCGUCAGCUGCAGUGCUGCCUCGCAAAGGUAUCCUAAAGAAGACCACAGAACAAGAGUCAGGUUACUACUCUUCUCCUGACAACAGUGACUCUGGCUGGCCACCACAAACUAAAGAGUGCCCUUCAGCACCAAUCCAUCGGAAAGGCAUCUUGAAGCGCAACGGAAAGUUCUCCUCCGGGCGUCUGCAGGAGUUUGGCUCUUUGGACCAGCUGACAGUGUCUUUACCCCACGGAGGCGCAAGGUCAAGACCGAAUGGGGCCAUCAGCGAGGACAGCAUUCUGUCUUCAGAGUCUUUUGACCAGCUGGAUCUGCCAGACUGUGUAGGUCCUCCAACACAAAUGAGUAAACCAGCCAAAGGUAUCAUGAGAGGAUGUGUGUCUGCUGACAACCUGCUGGACAUCAAAGAAGACGGGAUCCUUCAGAACGGGUCGCUGAGGCCCUGGAACUGCUACGAGUCGGGAGUGGCUGACAGUGCCUUUUCUAUCGCCGACUGUGAUAACGUAACAGAGGCUUACAAACAAGCCAUGGUUAUACGAGGCUCUGCAGCAAGCUGAAGCUCGAUAAUUGGUAAAGGACACUGACUAAAGACUUAUUUAUCAUUCAGAAUAUUUAACUGACCACAAACUACUGAAGUAGGAUAGCCAAAGUGCAUGAAUGAAAUUACCAGCACACUAGUAAACUUCAGGAAUGGCACACUACCAAAAAGGCAAGAGGCUUCAGAUUGUAUUUUAGAUGGUGAUUAGUAAAUGUGUUUAUGAGUAGCUUGUCAAUUUGAGUAAAACAGUAUUUUAC